UCAUUUUACUAUACUCUCUGGCUUUUUAAUUGUCUUUUUUAACUUGUAAAAAAAUAUAUAAAAAAAAACUGUAGUUCAAGGGUCAAGGCCACAAUGGCCCUGGUGGGAAGAUUAGAGGUGAAACUUGCUUUCUUCUUGGGUCUGGUUUUGCUCUCUGGUAGGGCUCAAGGUAACCAUCAUGGCAAUGCUCCUACAGUUUUUGAUGUUACAGAGUAUGGUGCCAAGGCAGAUGGACAGACAGAGUGUGCACAGGCUUUUACACAGGCAUGGAAUGCAGCAUGCAAAUCAAAUGGGCCAUCAAGUGUAGUUAUUCCCUCAGGAACAUACUUGUCUGGUGAAGUGUUCUUCCAUGGACCAUGCACUCACUCAAAACCUAUAACUGUUGAAGUGCAUGGUACUGUAUUGGCCCAAUCUUGUAUCAGUGAAUUCGCUAACGGUCAUUGGAUCUCCGUUGAAGAUGUGGAUGGUUUAGUACUUAAAGGCCCUGGAACUUUAAACGGCCAAGGUGAGGAAUCAUGGCAAUAUGAUACUUGUGGUGGCAAAUCUACUUGUGACUUCCCUCUCCCACCUUCCAUUGUGUUUAACCAAGUGAACAACUCUAUUAUCCAAGGGUUUAAUAUGGUGAAUAGCAAAGGGUUCCACAUAAAAAUUGGUGACAGCCACAACUUCACAAUCCAAGGCCUUAACAUAAAUGCACCCGAGACUAGCCCGAGCACCGAUGGGAUCCAUAUAAGCGAAUCCGAUCUCGUCACCAUAUCAAACUGUACCAUUGCCACUGGCGGCCAAAAAUGCAUCUCCCAAGAUGAAGGCGCUACCCAUAUUAUCACUUCAGCUAUUAAUUGUAUCGCUCCACGUCCAUGAGGUAAAGGAUUUUGUCAACGACUGUGUUAAGGGUUUGUUAAAAAAAAAUUUAAAUAGGUAUACAUUCUUUAUAAAAAAAAAAAAAAAAAAAAACUCGCAUUGGAAAGAAUGUAUAAUUAUUUUGAAAGUUUAUUAACUGAUACUCAUAAUACAAUCGUUUACAAAUUUGGAACCCUAAAAAUUUGAUUUUUUGAGAAAGUGCUGCUUAUGUCCCCAAUAGUUGGCAAUGGAAAGCCAGAGGUAGCGAUGUAGUAAUGCUUUGUACGUAGUGGAUUUUUGUAUUUGUUAAUAUUUACUUCAUGCUGUGGCACUUGUACAUCCUGCUUUGCCAUUAUAUGAUAAUGACAAUGUAUCACAAACUGUAAAACACUUUUUCUUGAAAAGGAAAAUGUAAAAGAUUAUG